GGGUGGGAGGCAACGCCCGAGGGGAGGGCCCGCCAGUGCACGGGGGUGCGGGGGGCGUUGGCGAGAAUUGGAGGCCGCGCAGCCCCCAGCCGUCCCGCCCAGCAGGAGCACGUUCCCUUUCGCCAUUGGAAGACUGAGUUCCAAGCUUUUUCCUGCUCACAUAGAGCCGUCCCUGCCCCGCCCGCCACCCCCUGUAUUUUCGGAUAUUUACGAUAGUAAUUCUAGACCCUCGGUUGCAUUUCUUUUGGAAUUUUUCUGGAAGUUGGAAUCUGCCAGUUUAAACAAAGAAUUUUUUUUAAGAAAAAUAUUUAUUAGUAUAUUUGAUAGUCCCCAGAUUAGGUUAAAAGCCUCAUUCCCAAUAACUGUAAUUUUGCAAAGACAUGUUUUUGGUGUAAAAAGGUAUAGAUAUGGGUUGAUGAAAAGAAUCAAACUCUGAAAAAUAUUUGAAGAAAUUUAUUUUGAGCCAGAUUCAAGUGACCAUGGCCAGUGACAGUCCUUAGGAGGUCCUGAGAACAUGUGCCCAAGGAAGUUGGGGUACAGCUUGGUUUUGUCUAUUUUAGGAAGGCGUGAGACAUCAAUCAAAUACAUUUAAGAAAUACAUUGGUUUGGUUUAGAAAGGCGGGACAACUCAAAGCCGGGGGCUUCCAGACUCUCGGUAAAUGUAAAUGUUAUCUGGUUGACAGUUGGUUGAGGUUAUCUAAAGACCUGGGAUACAUAAAAAGGAAUGUUCAGGCUAGAGAUAAAGGAUUGUGGAGACCAAGUUUUAUUGUGCAGAGGAAGCUCUUAGAUAGACUUUAGAGAGAGCAGGUUGUAAAUUGUUUUAUAUUGGACUUAAAAGGGUGCCUGGCUCUUAGUUGAUUAUCUCCUGGAUUUGGGAAGGAAGGAAGGAAAACAAAGGGAGAUGGGAAUUCUCACCAAAUGCAGAUUUUUCCUGCAAGAGACUUUGCAGGGGAGUUUUAAGGUACCGCAAGGAAAUAUAUUUUGGGGUAAAACAUUUUUAUUUUCUUCCUUGUUAUGCCAGAGUCAGAUUGGAACGUAAGUCACGAUAUACAGGGUUAAAUAAAACCCAUCUGAUGAGAAUUUAUGGUUUGUAGGGCAUGACUCUCCAGACCCCUUAGAAAGGAAUUUGGGUAAGAUAAAAAAUUAGAGCUUAGUCCUCAUAUGGUUGAGAGCUUGUGCUCUGGAUCCAGAGUGCCAGGGUUGUAACUCUUAAGAAUUGUGUGAGCUUGGACAAACCACUUAAUUUCUUUUUUUUUUUUUUUGGGGGGGACGGAAUCUUGCUGUGUCGCCCAGGCUGGAGUGCAGUGGCGCGAUCUCGGCUCAUUGCAAGCUCCGCCUCCCGUGUUCACGCCAUUGUCCUGCCUCAGACUCCCAAGCUGGGACUACAGGCGCCCGCCACCGCGCCCGGCUGAUUUUUUUUGUUUUGUUUUGUUUUUAGUAGAGACAGGGUUUCACCGUGUUAGCCAGGAUGGUCUCGAUCUCCUGACCUCGUGAUCCGCCCGCCUUGGCCUCCCAAAGUGCUAGGAUUACAGGCGUGAGCCACCGCGCCCGGCCCAAACCACUUAAUUUCUAAGUGGCUCAGUUUCUUCUGAGUAUAAUGUGUGUUAUACACACACACACGUUUUUUCAUUAUGCUAUGUUAUGUAUAUUACUAUAUUAUUUUUUCAUUAUGCUAUACUAUGUAUAUUAGUCUUGUGUAUAUUAGUCUAUGUAAUAUACAUAGUAUAGCAUAAUGAAAAAAUAUCUGUACAUAUAUAUUAGGUAAUGCUAACUGCUUUACAUGGUUGUUGUGAAGAUUAGGUGAAGCAUUGUGCUUGGCAUAUAAUAAACACUAAGUGUUACUUAUGAAAAUAGCAUUUUCUCUAUGAUUUGUGGCUUUGAUUUUAAAGAUUCUAAUUGUGAAGUAUUUCUCCUGUUUUCUUUUUUGAUGCUAUAAUAGAAGGAUUUACCCCAGAACUUCUAUAAUAUCUGAUACUUCAAAGUGCAAAUAAUCAGUAAACGGAAAUAGACCAUGUGUACAAGGCUAUGUUGAGCAGUGUGCAGUGUUACAACACUGCUAUGUGUGAGGAAGAGGACUCCAUCUCUUCAUCAGUGGAAGCUGGCGAAUGGAAGAAAAGCUGAUAUAAAGAGUGUCAUGAUGUCCUCACUAUUCCUUUCAGGCAUAACCCCAGGACACUCACUAUGUUGCCCAGGUUGGAGUGCAAUGAUGAGGUCUUAGGCUCACCACAACCUCCGCCUCCUGGGUUCAAGAGAUUCUUCUCCCUCAGCUUCCCGAGUAGCUGGGAAUACAGAAUAUUGAAGGAUGUUUGUUCCAAGAUCUCUGAAAAUCAAGAGGAAUGCUAAUGAUGAUGGCAAAAGUUGUGUGGCUAAGAUAAUUAAACCAGACCCAGAAGACCUUCAGUUGGACAAAAGCAGAGAUGUUCCGGUUGAUGCUGUAGUUACAGAAGCAGCCACAACAGACAGGCACAUCAGCGAAUCAUGCCCUUUCCCCAGCCCAGGUGGCCAGUUGGCAGAGGUUCAUUCAGUAAGUCCCGAGCAGGGUGCGAAGGACAGCCAUCCUUCUGAAGAGCCUGUUAAGUCAUUUUCCAAAACACAGCGCUGGGCAGAACCGGGGGAACCCGUCUGUGUUGUCUGUGGUCGUUAUGGAGAGUAUAUCUGUGAUAAGACAGAUGAAGAUGUGUGUAGUUUGGAGUGUAAAGCGAAACAUCUUCUGCAAGUUAAGGAAAAGGAAGAGAAAUCAAAACUCAGCAAUCCACAGAAGGCUGAUUCUGCACCAGAGUCUCCACUGAAUGCUUCCUAUGUCUACAAAGAGCACCCCUUUAUUUUGAACCUUCAGGAAGACCAGAUUGAAAAUCUUAAACAGCAGCUGGGAAUUUUCGUUCAAGGGCAAGAAGUCACUAGGCCCAUUAUUGACUUUGAACAUUGUAGUCUCCCUGAGGUCUUAAAUCACAACUUGAAGAAAUCAGGCUAUGAGGUGCCAACCCCCAUUCAAAUGCAGAUGAUUCCUGUGGGACUUCUGGGAAGAGACAUUCUGGCCAGUGCAGAUACUGGCUCAGGAAAAACAGCUGCUUUUCUUCUUCCUGUUAUCAUGCGAGCUUUAUUCGAGAGCAAAACUCCAUCUGCGCUCAUUCUUACACCAACCAGAGAGUUAGCCAUUCAGAUAGAGAGACAAGCUAAAGAAUUGAUGAGUGGCCUGCCACGCAUGAAAACUGUGCUUCUUGUAGGGGGCUUACCCUUACCCCCACAGCUUUAUCGUCUGCAACAACAUGUUAAGGUUAUCAUAGCAACCCCUGGGCGACUUCUGGAUAUAAUAAAGCAGAGCUCUGUGGAACUCUGUGGUGUAAAGAUUGUGGUAGUAGAUGAAGCUGAUACCAUGUUAAAGAUGGGCUUUCAACAACAAGUGCUUGACAUUUUGGAAAACAUUCCUAAUGAUUGUCAGACCAUUUUGGUUUCAGCCACAAUUCCAACUAGCAUAGAACAACUAGCAAGCCAGCUUCUGCAUAAUCCUGUGAGAAUUAUCACUGGAGAAAAGAACCUACCUUGUGCCAAUGUACGUCAGAUUAUUUUGUGGGUAGAAGACCCAGCCAAAAAGAAAAAAUUAUUUGAAAUUUUAAAUGAUAAGAAACUCUUUAAGCCUCCAGUGUUAGUAUUUGUGGACUGCAAACUAGGAGCAGAUCUUUUGAGUGAAGCCGUUCAGAAAAUCACAGGGCUGAAAAGCAUAUCUAUACAUUCGGAGAAGUCGCAAAUAGAAAGGAAAAACAUAUUGAAGGGAUUACUCGAAGGAGACUAUGAAGUUGUAGUGAGCACAGGAGUCUUGGGACGAGGCCUAGACUUGAUCAGUGUCAGGCUGGUUGUCAAUUUUGAUAUGCCUUCAAGUAUGGAUGAAUAUGUCCAUCAGAUUGGAAGAGUAGGAAGAUUAGGUCAAAAUGGAACAGCGAUUACUUUCAUCAAUAAUAAUUCAAAAAGACUCUUCUGGGAUAUUGCAAAACGAGUAAAGCCCACAGGAUCCAUUCUUCCCCCUCAGUUAUUAAAUUCCCCAUACCUUCAUGACCAGAAGAGAAAGGAACAACAGAAAGAUAAACAGACACAGAAUGAUCUGGUUACAGGAGCUAAUCUUAUGGAUAUUAUCAGAAAACAUGAUAAAAGUAAUUCUCAGAAAUGAUUUUCUCUGCCACUUGAAUAAUUUUUUUAUUGUAUAUAGUGAGCAAAAAAUUGUUACUUUAUGGUUUGCAUAAAUGGAAAUGUACAUGAAUUUAAAAAAUAUUUAAGAUAUUUUUAAUUUAAUAAAAUUUAUAUAACUAUAUUGUAUUUAUUUCCCUUAAUUCUUAUAAAUUAAAAACAUCAGAAAAUGAAUUAUUAAAUAAAAUACAGUUUUUUCCUCUUC